AUGGGUGUCCAGAAGAAGACCAGAAAGUUUGGUGAAGUCAAGCGAGUCAUCGGCAAGAACGAUGCCCGGCGCAAGGAGAACCUGAAGAAGGCGGAAGAGGCUGAGCAGAAGGCGAAGCGUGAAAGAGGCGGUCCGGAUGGCGAGACAAUCGUCAGGGAGAUUCCCCAGGUCCCCUCCCAGAUGUUCUUCGAGAGCAACUCAAGUCUCGUGCCUCCCUAUGGCGUCCUCGUCGAUACCUCAUUCUUCUCCCGUACAGUUCAGAUGAAGUUGCCAGUGAUAGAAACCAUGAUGGACUGUCUCUACGCUACCUGCCACCCCAUUGUGACCGACUGUGUCAUGGCCGAGUUGGAAAAGCUUGGUCCCAAGUUCCGCCUUGCUCUCAGAGUAGCACGCGACCCCCGUUUCGAACGACACAAGUGCACACACAAAGGAGUGUAUGCCGAUGACUGCCUCGUGUCCAAGGUAUCUAAAGACAGAGUGUACCUCGUCGCAACCAACGACAAGGGUCUUGUGUCCAGGCUCCGUCGCAUACCCGGUGUUCCUAUCAUGAAGUGCGGACGCGGAAAGUACACCAUCGAGAGAUUGCCCGAUGCCCCGAUUUAA